CACAACCGUAUUCAGCAGUCAUGUUUUCUUCAGUGAUAGCACUUGUAUUGCUCCCCCUGGUUUGGGGAGCACCAGAUCCCACCAAAGUCUGCGCCCCCGAUGUGUUUCAAUUCUUUUCGUACAACAUAGAAACAGAUGUAUGCAUAUUCUGAAGUAAUUUGACGUUCUGUAGAUUAUAUCAUAUUUAUAUUUAUGUAGCCUUUUGUAGCAUUCAACAUUUUAAUAUAGAUUAAUGUAUCAUCUUCUGCAGUGACGGAUAAUCCGGUGUAAACGACAAUGAAUACACCAUAAUUGUACGUCUUAAUGUAUCAAUUUUAAAAUUAUAACUUUAAUGACAUAUUAAUGAGAUUUCUUUCAUAUCACAUAUUUUUUCUGCCACUAUAUAUAAAUGUCUUGCUGUAAUAUAUUUAAUUUUAUGUUGGAUACACUCCAGAUUUGAAAGAUCUUCAGAGGGAGAGAGAGAGAUUGAGAGAGAGAGAGAGAGAGAGAGAGAGAGAGAGAGAGAGAGAGAGAGAGAGAGAGAGAGAGAGAGAGAGAGAGAGAGAGAGAGAGAGAGAGAGAGAGAGAGAGAAAGAGAGAGAGAGAGAGAGAGAGAGAGAGAGAGAGAGAGAGAGAGAGAGAGAGAGAGAGAGAGAGAGAGAGAGAGAGAGAGAGAGAGAGAGAGAGAGAGAGAGAGAGAGACGAUUUGCAUAAAAAAAUAGCAAUUUAAAAAUAAAAAAAUAAAUCUCAGUAAUGUAAUGUUUUUACAACAUUUGAUAUCCGUACAGGGAUCAGCACAAAUUGCCAUUGAUUUUAAGCAAAAACUGCUCACCAGUGCAUCACCCAAUCAGACGGUAGUACAAGAUUUCGUCAAGGUAAGACAGCUGUUAACCCUUAUCAUUAAAUAAUUUAAUGCCGGCUAUCUGGGAAGGUUCACAUAUAAGAAACAUUACGACCACACUUAGUGUUACUAUCAUUUUGUUUUUAGUUUUCGGUUGUUUUGUUUUAAAAUCCAAUGUGAAAGUUGCAACACUCUGCCAGAAGAGUGCUGGGAGUACGACACUCUGCUGGCUGGCAGAGUGCUGGGAGUACGACACUCUGCUGGCUGGCAGAGUGCUGGGAGUACGACACUCUGCUGGCUGGCAGAGUGCUGGGAGUACGACACUCUGCUGGCUGGCAGAGUGCUGGGAGUACGACACUCUGCUGGCUGGCAGAGUGCUGGGAGUACGACACUCUGCUGGCUGGCAGAGUGCUGGGAGUACGACACUCUGCUGGCUGGCAGAGUGCUGGGAGUACGACACUCUGCUGGCUGGCAGAGUGUUGGGAGUACGACACUCUGCCAGCAGAGUGCUUGGGUGGGGGGGGAGAGUUAAGACAGGGAGCGAGUUAUUAUUGUAGGUGGCCGAGUGGUUUAAACUGAGGCAAUUACAAACUUGUGGACUGGGGUUCCAACCCCAGCUUAAAGCCUAAACUGUGACGUUAAGCCCGGAGAUGGUCUCCCAUAGCCGCUGUGACACUGAUGCAAUGAAAAGUUCUGCGACGCGGAACGCAUAAGAGCACAGUGAGACACACACACACACAACACCGCUGGUCAUCCACUGCAUCCUGGUUUAUUUAUAGCGGUCUUGACUGCAAUUGGAACAAAUAAGCAAAGACAGGAGAGUAGGGCUCAAGAAUUAAAAAAAAACAAAACGCUUCCACACUUUUAAACAAACUACAGCUCACGCCAAGGCUACUCCUCAAGUCGAAGCCUCGGUCAUAUUCGCAUUUGAAGGGGUAGACAAUGGAAAUAAAAGUGUAUACUCUUAAGGCUAAUAUAUAUAUAGGCAUACGGUUUAUAUCAACAAAUCGCCAAAGGAAUUGUAAGCUCAAUCGAUAGGUUUAAAUCUGCAAUUUCUAAUGAAUUUUUGUUUAAUAUCUUACAAUGUUCAGACAUGGCAUGGCAAUGACCUUCCCUGACAUGUUUCAGCUCAAGUCUUACACCUUUGAUGCCAGUGGUAACUGCCAAUCGGCCAACAUUCUCCCGGAACAAUUUUAUCCUCAGUGUUUACCAGGUAAAAAAAAAAAGAUGACAUUUCAUUUGGUUUAAAUUGAUCAGACUGUUUCAAGUACGCCCUGGAACGCCACAUUCCAGAUUAAAUUAUCUCAACAAUUGAUUUUUGCAGCGAGAUCCACUUAUAUUGGUGAAGUUUUCAUCGGGUUCGGUCCCAACCGUGUCCCAGCCGAGGCCUGGGAGACUCCAUACUUUGGCGGAACACUGAGGGCGGCCGUUAGCCAUCAGCCAGGGGAGCCACGUUAUGCUGUCUUGGUCAAGUUUGUUAAUGGUUGGUACAUACAACUUAUCUCUAAACUUCUCUAUCAAGGUCAUAUUGUCAUGCUCAUUAUCUUGUACCUUUUUCAGAUUUAGCAUUGUCCUAUUAAGCUUGGUCCUCUUUAAUGAUACCAUUUUAAUCAUUGUUAUUUUUAUUGUCAUUCUUAAUGAAACGUCAAAUUUUUCCUUAUAUAAUAGUUUAUUACGGUCAAAUUCUUCUCUAUAUUAGAUUAGUUUAUUACGGUCAAAUUCUUCUCUAUAUUAGAUUAGUUUAUUACGGUCAAAUUUUUCUCUGUAUUAGAUUCGUUUACGUUCAAAUUCUUCCCUAUAUUAGAUUAGUUUAUUACGGUCAAAUUCUUCCCUAUAUUAGAUUAGUUUAUUACGGGGGAGAGGCAGGGGAGGGGGGGGGGGGGGUACAAUUGGGGGGGGGAAAAGGAAAUUUAUUACGGUCAAAUUCUUCCCUAUAUUAGAUUAGUUUAUUACGGGGGAGAGGCAGGGGAGGGGGGGGGGGUUACAAUUCGAGGGAGGAAAAUGAAAGUUAAUAAUCUUUCUAUAACGCUUAUCCAUUCCCACAAACUAAAUGGAAUAAUUUUAAUACUUUUGAAUAUAAAAAAAAAAGUAUGACGCUCUUAUAUCUGCCAAUUCAUAAUAACUCAGUUUGUAUAAUAUCCGUCUCUUCCCCAGCUCAAGGAAUUCCCUUCACCAACUUCUGUUCCAACCCAACCCUGAACAUCACAGUACCCAACGCCUUCAAGAUCCCUGACCCUUGUCCACCUGCUACCAUCGGCUAAAUACAA